CUUCGCGUCAGUACAUACAAUGACGCACGGUGAAGGAUAUUUGGAAGAGGAGGACGAAUACACCUGAGGGCAAUCCUGAAUGAGGCAAAACUAGUCAUAAAGGCAAUUAGACUUAUGGAACAGACGCGCCUCCUUGGGCAGUUUUGGAGUUGCGAUGCAGAGAAAAGAGACGAAGUGGAGUACUGGGGGAUAAGAUUUGUAUAUGGGUGGCAAGUGUGUGGCAAUAUUGUUAUAUAGGGUAGUUUUGGCGGAGAAGUGCAAUGGCGAAGUCAGAGAGGGAUGGAUAUGACAUCCGGGAUGGGGUGGGAGAUUUAAGGGCGAAAUUCAAAAUUUAUAAUUUUAAUACGACCUAGCAGAUGGCCCUGCAGCUCCUGCGCUCUGGACUUGGGGAGGAUCCUCGUCGCUCCCGCGCCCUCGCUGCCCUCCUCACCCUCCCCGACGCCCGCCACUUGGAGUUUCGUGCCCUUGUCCCUAGCGACCCGCCGAACCUCUCGAGGAUGCAGAACCUCGAGGCGGCGGUUGGGUAUACGGUCGGCGAGCUUGUCCAGCCGCCAUGUACUGACUGCGCGGCUGGAUACGGCCAGUUUGCGGGUGCGUCCGGGUGGAGGGAUUCCUCAUGGGAGCUGCACGAACUGCCACUUCGGUGGCGAAGGCGCGCGCUGCUCGCUGCGCGCUUCUGCGGCCCCCUCCGCGCCCGUCUGCGUGCCCGCCGCCCUGCUGCGGCGGCCGCAUCAUGCGCCGUCGAGGUGCUUACGGGUGGGGUGGGCCGUGGGUCGAAGCGGGCUGCCCCCCCGUCGAAAGAUACGGGCCCGUCCCGCCGCGCCCGCACGUUGUCGCCUGCUCGCGCUGCUGCUGCCCGCGCCCCUCCCUCCCGCCGCCCUGACGACCCCUACUAUGUUGGGAAUGAGGAUCACCCAACCCAUACCCUCCAUGCGUGGAUCGAGCGUUUCCGGGCCGCAAGCCCGGCCUCCCGUAGGAGGCUCCGCCUAGGGCACACCCUUGCUGGGGUGAUAGUUCCUAUAGUUCCUUAUAGUCCCCUUUAGCAUAAUACCUCUAUAUAAGUAGGUAGUUAGUUCUUAGAUAGGAG